AUGUACCGAUCACUCAGGUCCGUCGCUGGUUUGAAUCGUUUCCUGCGGCCUCCAGCUCCAGCCUCCGAUCCUGGCCUUAGUGGUGCUGCCAACCUCCCAUUUCUGCCCCCGAACACCGCUCGAAUGGCAAGCCAAAAUUCCUUUCGGACGGAAUAUGACACUUUUGGUGAACUCAAGGUCCCAAGUGAUAAGUAUUAUGGUGCCCAGACUGUGAGAUCUACCAUGAACUUUAAGAUUGGUGGUGUGACAGAACGCAUGCCAGUCCCAGUUAUUAAAGCUUUUGGCAUCUUAAAGCGAGCAGCUGCUGAAGUAAACCAGGACUAUGGCCUUGAUCCAAACAUUGCUAAUGCAAUAAUGAAGGCAGCAGAUGAGGUAGGAGGAAAUAAGUGUGUUUACUUAGUAGCAUCAGGCUAGUAUCACCCACUGGUCCAGUGGACCAGUGGAACAUCUACCACUACCAACACCAACUGUUCUAAAAGGGUUCACAUUAGAAGCGUGCAAGUGUGUGUUUGUUUGUUGCUUUUGAUUACUAUUGUUCAUUUCUUUUGACAUUUUUCCAAACAGAGCUCAAAUGAUACUUUCCCCACUGCAAUGCACAUCGCUGCUGCAACUGAAGUUCAUGAAGUACUGUUACCAGGACUACAGAAGCUACAUGAUGCUCUCAAUGUGAAAUCUAAAGACUUUGCCCAGAUCAUCAAAAUUGGGCGUACUCAUACACAAGAUGCUGUUCCACUUACGCUUGGACAGGAAUUUAGUGGUUAUGUUCAACAAGUGAAGUAUGCGAUGGUAAGAAUAAAAGCUGCUAUGCCAAGAAUCUAUGAGCUUGCAGCAGGAGGCACUGCUGUUGGUACUGGUUUAAAUACUAGAAUUGGUUUUGCAGAAAAGGUUGCUGCGAAAGUGGCUGCACUCACAGGCUUGCCUUUUGUCACAGCUCCAAAUAAAUUUGAAGCUCUGGCUGCUCAUGAUGCCUUGGUUGAACUUAGUGGAGCCAUGAACACUGCUGCCUGCAGCCUAAUGAAGAUAGCAAAUGAUAUUCGUUUUCUGGGUUCUGGUCCUCGAUCGGGUCUGGGAGAGCUGAUCUUACCUGAAAAUGAACCAGGAAGCAGUAUCAUGCCAGGGAAGGUAAACCCUACCCAGUGUGAAGCCCUGACCAUGGUCGCAGCACAAGUCAUGGGGAAUCACGUGGCAGUUACUAUUGGAGGCAGCAAUGGCCAUUUUGAGUUGAAUGUUUUCAAGCCAAUGAUGAUUAAAAAUGUGUUACAUUCAGCAAGGCUGCUGGGGGAUGCUUCAGUUUCCUUCACAGAAAACUGUGUGGUGGGAAUCCAGGCCAACACAGAAAGAAUCAACAAGCUAAUGAAUGAGUCUUUAAUGUUGGUGACAGCACUUAAUCCUCAUAUAGGGUAUGACAAGGCAGCGAAGAUUGCUAAGACAGCACACAAAAAUGGAUCAACCUUAAAGAAAACUGCCAUUGAACUUGGAUAUCUAACAGCAGAGCAGUUUGAUGAAUGGGUGAAACCUACAGAAAUGCUGGGGCCAAAGUAA